GAAUUAUAUUACAAAACAAUUUAAAAAAAUUUUACACCGUCUCAAAAGAUGCCCAAAUUUAAAACUCCAGUUCGCUGUUCACGUUCUCAUUAAUAAAUCAGAUCGGCCGCGCCCGUCUUCUCUGUAACUAUCUUUCCUUCACUUUCUCAGCAACCAAACGCCGUUGAUUAUUCCUUAAAAUUACUGAUGGCCACAAUCAGUCUACGCAAAGGCAAUACCCGGCUACCGCCGGAGGUGAACCGAGUCCUCUACGUCCGAAACCUUCCGUUCAACAUAUCGAGCGAGGAGAUGUACGAUAUUUUCGGCAAAUACGGUGCGAUUCGCCAAAUCCGAAUCGGUACGAACAAGGAUACCAGAGGAACGGCCUUCGUAGUGUAUGAAGAUAUCUACGAUGCCAAGACGGCGGUGGAUCACUUGUCGGGUUUUAACGUUGCGAAUAGGUAUUUGAUUGUUUUGUAUUAUCAGCAGGCGAAGAUGAGCAAGAAAUUUGAUCAGAAGAAGAAAGAGGAGGAGAUUGCUAGGAUGCAAGAGAAGUAUGGAGUUUCUACUAAAGAUAAGUAGACUUUUUAAUUCCAACAAAAAAGAUAAAAGAGGGUAUUUUGUAUUUGGGGAUUUAGGUUCUUGUUUUUUAGUUAUAUGGUAGUGUAUAAUCGGAUCGUAUUGGUUUAAUGACACUGUUAUUUUAGCUGUUUACAUCUGAUUUGACUGGACUUAUGUGGUGUAUGAUAGUUCUUGAAUCUGUUUCUGAACCCUAAUUGAAUUUAAAUAUCGGAAUAUUCUUGAUAGCAA